AUGGAAAACGUCAAUGCUGUGCGCAAACUCAUCAUUGAAGAUAGACAUGUGACAUUUCGCGAGAUUGAGGCGUCCUUGAAGAUCUCAAAGACCUCAAUUAAAAAAAAAUUACAUGAAGAAUUAGGAGUAAAAAAAUUAGUUUCUCGUUGGAUACCCCACCUGUUGACUGAACAGCAGAAAACACUUAGGGUUAAUUCGUGUCAAAAAACGCUUCACCUUUUCAAUUCCGGAAACUCAAAAAAUGUGUACAGCAUUGCUAGUGGUGACGAAUCGUGGAUUUACUGUGAAGAAAAGCCAACAAAAAUGGUCGCGACAUUUGUGUCAAAAGCGGGUCAUAUUGCAACAAUUCCUCUUAAUGAGCAAAGAACUGUUACUGCGGAUUGGUAUACCACCAUUUGUUUGCCAAAAGUCAUCACCGAACUUCGAAAAAUCAACCCCGAAAGAAGAAUCAUCCUCCACCAAGACAAUGCAAGCUCGCACACAGCCCAAAAAACAAGGCAGUAUUCAACAAAAGAAAACGUAUUGGACCAUCCUCCAUAUAGUCCCGAUCUAAGUCCUAACGAUUUCUUUACUUUCCCGAAAAUUAAAAACAGACUGCGUGGUCAAAGGUUCCAGUCACCAGAAGAAGCAGUUGACGCAUUCAAAAAUGCCGUUUUGGAUCUGCCAGCAUUCGCCGAUGAAGCACAUUUUCAUCUUGAUGGCUUUGUCAAUCGCCAAAAUUGCCGCAUUUGGGCAGUGACUUUCUUUCUGCCAAAAUUGAAUGAUAUUGAUGUACCCAAUAUGUGGUUUCAACAAGACGACAUUUCCCGAUCGUGUGAUUUAACACCAUUAGACUUCUUUUUAUGGGAAACAAGUGUGAAUAAAUACAAUCCUUCAACCAUAAAAAAUACUGACACUUCAAUAGAUGCUGAUGAAUUAUUGUGCAUUCACCUUGUUUUUAAAAACAAACGUAUUAACAAAAUUUCUUUGGGAUCAUCAUAG